UAAACCUCUGUCCGGACUCUUCCAUCAUCAGAGUCCCUGAUUCCUGUCCAUCCUGCAUCUUCUAGUUAUCUGGUGCAUUAUCUAGUCUGUGAGCCCUUUCUAUCGAUAAGGGCAUCUCUCGGUCCACUCUCGAGGACCACCCCUCCUAAUAAUUAUCUAAUUACCUGUUUGUUACUCCGUAUUUUUGCCUUAGUUUUCUACACUUCUCACCCCGCCUACCGAUCCACAUACCCUCGACGGCUUUGCAGGUUUUUUUUUUUUGCCCUCUCUCCUCCCUCACCUCAACGUCUUCCACCCUUCCACCCAUCUCAACAGACAAUAUGGUUUCUGCAUCCAAGGCUGCCCGUCUGGCCAAGCGUGCCAAUGAUGGCGAAACUAAGAAGAAGAUCUCUCGCAAGGAUAAGGCUCAGGCUCAGGCCCCGGCUGACGACAAGCCCUUGCUUGACGCCGAUGGCAACCCUCUUCCCGUCGAAGAUCAACCCGCCACCAGUGGUGAGAAAUUGAAGGAAGUCGAGAAGCUCACGGCACAGAUGGAUAAGCAUGGACUUUCCGACCGUGUCACCACCGGUGUUCUCUCCUCCCUGCCUUCGUCCCGCGAUGUGAAGGUUACAUCCGCUUCUCUGGUUUUCCACGGCAAAGUCCUCAUCACAGACUCCACUCUCGAACUCAACUUCGGUCGUCGAUAUGGUCUUCUGGGUGAGAACGGAUGUGGCAAGUCUACUCUCCUCAAGUCCAUCGAUGCACGCGAAUUCCCCAUCCCCGAACACAUUGAUAUCUAUCUCCUGAACGAAGGUGCUCCUCCGAGCGACCUGGGUGCCCUUGAAUGGGUCGUGACAGAGGCACAAACUGAACUGGACCGUUUGGAGAAGCAGGCGGAGGAAAUUCUGGAGAAGGAAGGCCCGGACAGCCCUAUUUUGGAAGACUUGUACGAUCGUAUGGACAAGAUGGAUCCGUCCACCUUCCACACUCGUGCCUCUCUGAUUUUGACGGGUCUGGGCUUCAACAAAGUCACUAUCCACAAGAAGACGAAGGACAUGUCUGGUGGUUGGCGUAUGCGUGUCGCGCUCGCCAAGGCUCUGUUCGUCAAGCCCUCGUUGCUCCUGCUCGAUGACCCCACUGCCCACUUGGAUCUCGAGGCUUGCGUGUGGCUCGAAGAGUACCUGAAGAAAUGGGAGCGUACCCUGGUCCUCGUCUCCCACUCCAUGGACUUCCUGAACGGAGUCUGCACCAACAUGAUCGAUAUGCGCAUGAAACAACUUCUGUACUACGGUGGUAACUACGACUCUUACGCUAAGACACGCUCAGAACAGGAGACGAACCAGAUGAAGGCCUACCACAAGCAGCAGGAGGAAAUCGCUCACAUCAAGAAGUUCAUUGCGUCUGCUGGUACAUAUGCCAACUUGGUCAGACAGGCCAAGUCCCGUCAGAAGAUUCUCGACAAGAUGGAGGCGGAAGGCUUCAUCCAGCCUGUUAUACCCGACAGAGUCUUCUCCUUCCGCUUCGCUGAUGUUGAGAAGUUACCGCCUCCUGUGCUCUCCUUCGACGAUGUCAGUUUCUCCUACUCUGGAAAUUGGGAGGACACCUUGUACGAACAUCUCGACUUCGGUGUCGAUAUGGAUUCUCGAACUGCCCUGGUCGGCCCCAACGGUGUGGGAAAGUCCACUCUACUCCGUAUUAUGACCGGCAAGCUGCACCCCAUUGGAGGCCGUGUCAGCCGUCACACCCACUUGAAGCUUGGCAUGUACAGCCAGCAUUCGCAGGAACAGCUGGACUUGACCAAGUCCGCUCUCGACUUCGUACGUGAUAAGUAUCCCGAGAAGAGUCAGGACUACCAGUACUGGCGCCAGCAACUCGGUCGCUACGGUCUCAGCGGUGACGCGCAGACCGCUUUGAUGGGCACUCUGUCCGAGGGACAGAAGAGUCGUAUCGUGUUCGCUCUGCUGGCUAUCUCUUCACCCAACAUGAUUCUGCUGGACGAGCCUACCAACGGUCUCGAUAUCCCUACCAUCGAUAGUUUGGCUGAAGCCAUCAAUGCCUUCGAGGGUGGUGUUGUGGUCGUCUCUCACGAUUUCCGUCUCCUCGAUAAGAUUGCCAAGGAUAUCAUGGUUUGUGAGAACAAGACUGUUCGCCGGUGGGAUGGCACUAUCGGCGAGUAUAAGCAGUACCUGCGUAAGAAGAUGAUCUCUGCAGGUGCUGUCUAAGGUACUGGUCUAAUGCACUUUGUGAUGAUCAUGGCGAGGAAAUUCUCCUUUAUAAUUAUUCGUUUCCUUUCCCCCAUUUUCUUCUGGGAAAGGGAAGUAGAGCAAGCAAAAAGUUUUGCCGGAGAUGGAUUUGUUUAGUGACAAAGUCUGUCAAUAUUUAUGGUUCUCUUUUCUCAAUUCUCUGCUUUGGCUUUUGUUUGGGGUGUCUUUUCGAUUACGGUUUUCCUUACGCCUUCCUCCAUGCUUUACCGGAAUCGGGCAUUUGAAGGCGGAUUUGUUUCUUGUUGUUUUUCAUUUGUCCAUCUGGUAUAGACAUUUUCAUGCAACCAUCUGCUUAUUCCCUCUUGUACUGGAUGGAUGAAUGAAUGAAUGGAAUGAAUGGGAUUGAUUCCCUCCCGCUUUUUUGACUUGUUAGUUAUGUCAUAUAUAUCCCCCAUAGAUCACAAUAGAGAAUAGUAGACUUGCUGGC